AAUGUGCACGCGCACAAUUGUUGACACUUCCACAACUUCCGGGUUGUUGCCCGCUGCCAGUUACAUCAUUUCUUGUUUAGAAUCGUCGCGUUAUUUCUAUGAUGACGCAUUGAUAUUAACUAACAGAAAUAUGGUGGAUUAAGAAUUAACAUAUUUUCGAGACAGUUUCUCUGUCGGUUAACCGGUGUUACCUCACCACCUGCUAAAGGUAGAACUAGUUGGUAACUAGUUAGCAUGUCGCCUUUGCAGAACGCCAGAUGAUAAUAUAGGUAAUUUAAAAAUAUAUAUAUUUGUCCUCGCCAUGACCGGUCUGCGAUGUCGGACGUCGGAUACUUUCGAGGUGGCCGAAGAAGAGGAGGAAGAACCCCGAAGGGCCGUAGAGGAUGAAGAGGCUGAAGAGAACCAACCGAAAGUAGGCGAGCAGGAGGAACUCUGUAAGCAGAAAGUGGAGGAUUCAAACAAACAAGAGUCGACGGACAGAGCACCCAAACGUCCUUCUGCAUUGAACGCUGUUCAGCGUGUGCUCGGGGUCUUGUUUGGAUGCUUGGUGGCAGUGGCGUGCGGCACGCUGUACGCUGCCUACCUCUCGGCAUUUCACGAGAGGAAGUUCUGGUUCUCCAUGAGGCAGGAAGUGGAGCGGGAACUCACCUUCCAAGGUGGCAGCGCUAUCUACUACUACUACUACAAACACAUGGUGGCGGCGACGUCUUUCAAUAGAGCAUUCUACGAGCUGACGAAGGACGACAGAACACUGGCGGGACAAACCAUCAACGCCGUCGAGCGUCUGUCUCUGUAUCCUGAAGUCGUCACCAGCUACAUUUACAGAGUCUCGGGCAGUCAGGAUAUGGUGGAACCCGUCUACUUUUACGUGGGCACGGUGUUGGCGCUUCAGGCGGUGUACGCCACGGCGCUGUUCACUUGCAGCUGGCUGAUGAGUGGCACCUGGGUGGCCGGCAUGCUGACGGUGGCCUGGUACGUCAUCAACAGACCUGAUGCCACCAAAGUGGAGCAGGCGCUUCCUCUGCGAGAGAAUUGGGCUUUGCCGUACUAUGCUUGUCAGGUGGCGGCUCUCACCGGAUUCCUGUCGAAUAACGUUGGCUUGGCUGGUGAGCUAUUAUGCUAUUUGACCUUGAGCGCCACCACGUUCACCUUUCUGCUGGUGUGGGAGCACAGCCACUAUAUGCUCUUCGUCCAAGCCUUGUGCCUCUUCCUUAUGGACUCCUUGGACCUGGUGCCACCUCGAAAGCUCUCCGACAUCCACAAGUUGUACGUCAGCUCCUUGCUCCUGGCCUCCUUUUUCCAUUUUCACAACGCGGCACUGCUGGUCUCACCGCUGCUCAGCCUCCUGAUCGGCUCCGGGCUGGCGAGGUACCCCACCGAGGUCGCGUCGUCGUGUCCCAUCAGAAACACCCUUAUGUCGUCAAACCUUCUCAGCAGGGGUUUCCAGAUGAAGAAGGGCCCUCUGGUGGCCAGAGUCAUGAAACUUUGCUUUCAUUUCCACCUGGUCUUCUCCACGAGCAUCACCGUCAACUAUUUAAUCAAGAAAGUCGUGCCUGUAAGUAAAGGUGAAUUCAUACUGAAGUUCUUGGAGGUGAAGUUUGGGCUCAAUAUGACAAACGAUUUUGUGAGCAACUUGCUGGUGUGCCAAGAGAGUCUUCAGUCUCCCGGUCAGGAUUUGUACCUUCGCCUCACUCAGUCGUCCAUCCUGCCUUUCUACCUGCUCGUGCUCGCCGUCUGCGUGGUGUCCGCGCUGCAGGCCGUUUUCACCAGACUCAGUGGUCAAGAGACGCAGAACGAUGAGCGGCGGCCGCAGGACGGAUAUGUGGGGGAGCGUCCCGAGGUCGUCUACCACGUCUUUCACACGCUGAUUUUCGGUAGCCUGACGCUGCUCUUCGACGGGAUGAAGUACUUCUGGACGCCGUACAUGUGUGCGUUUGCGGCAUUUGGCGUGUGCUCGCCGGAUCUGUGGAUGACCGUCUUUCGGUGGCUAAGAGUCAAGUCGGUCCACCCUGUUGUCCUGUCGUUAAUCCUGAGCAUUGCUGUUCCAACGAUCAUCGGCUUCAGUUUGUGGCGUGAGUAUGGCCACCGCGUCCUGACUGACCUGUCCGAGCUUGGGGAGUUUUACGACCCAGACACAGCCAAAUUGAUCGGCUGGAUCCGGACUCACCUUCCAGCAGCGACUGUGUUUGCGGCCAGCCCUCAGCUCCUGGGAGCCAUCAAGUGUGGCUCCGACGCCGCCGUCACCAGUUUGCCGCUACACUCGGAUUUAGACAUGCUGAGGAGGAGUGAAGACACCUACCAGGUAUACUCUAUGCGCUCCGCCGAAGAGGUCUACAAGAUCCUGACCUCCCUCAAGGCAAACUAUGUGAUCGUGGAGGAGUCUCUGUGCAACGAUUUCACCCUGGACCAGGGCUGCCGCAUCAAGGACCUGCUGGACGUCGCCAACGGACAUGUAAUUCAGGACAAUGUCAAGAUGUUCGCCUUCUCCAGACACCGCCGUUUCUGCCACGAAAUCAAAACCAACCUUUCGCCGUACACCAACUACUUCACCCGCGUCUUCUGGAACCGCUCCUACCACGUCUACAGAAUCAACACGGUCAUUUCCUUCCAGUAUUAACAGGAAACGGCAGGACUUGAGGUUUUUUUUUUUAAUAUCCAUGUUCUAGUUUGCACUUUGUCCUCACUGGUAAGACAAUUCGUGCACUAAUAGAAUGACAGUCUUACUCGUAAUGUUCAAGUGGCUUUCCAAAGAUGCGGAUCUUUGUGUACUGAAAUAUGCCAUAAUACUGUUUGUUCUAAAAUGUGUAUGUGUAUGUGUAAACAUACACAUUUGUGUAUACAUACACACACACACAGUAUAUAUGUAUAUAUAUUAUAUGCCGGUUGGAGUGACAACAUUGUUGUACUGUAAUUUAUAAAAAUGUGCAUUUACUGUUACUGUCUGCUGGAACUCAUUGGAGUUCCUGGGAUGCCAAUAUUGUCUCAGGCCAUACAGUAAUCAUGUUCACGUAAUAUGAAUAUGAUGAGUGUUGCUACAUCUUUUGGUAAAGAAACAACUCUUUGUUGCAUUAGUAGUGCCUCAAUAAAGUGACUGUGUGUGUUUUGGGA